AUGAGCCGUCCGUUCCUGAGUGGCCAGCUGAAGAUCGUGGACCAGAGAGACAAACAGAAACUCAACAUCAAGGCUCUGGACGCGGUGCUGUUUGGUGCUCCUAUACGCCCACCCCAUAACUACAUGAAGGACUUGUUGCUGAUAGUUUCUGUGAUGAUGGGUGUAGGAGGCUGCUGGUUCUCCCAGGUCCAGAACAAAGCUUCCAAAGUCCACAUCUCCAAGAUGAUGAAGGACCUGGAGAGUCUGCAGAGUGCUGAGCUCAGCCUCAGAGAACUACAGGAACAGCUGGAGCAGGCCCAGGAGGAGAAGCGUAACGUGACAGAGGAGAAACAGAACCUGGAGGAGAAGAUGAGGGAUGAGAUCAUGGGAGCCCAGGAGGAGGCGCACAGACUCCAUCGGCUCAGAGCUGGAGCCGUCAGUCAACUGAGCAGACUGAGAUACGCAGAGGAGGAGCUGGAGCAGGUUCGGGGAGCAUUAAAGAAGGCAGAGAUGGACAUGAUGGUGUACUGGUCUGUCCCAGAGGCCCUACAGCUCUGGCUACAGCUGACCCACGAGGUGGAGGUGCAGUACUACAACAUCAAGAAGCACAGCGCUGAGCUGCAACUCAACACGGCCAAGGAGGAGGCAGAGAAGAUCAAGAAGAAGAGGAGUUCCCUCAUGGGGACGUUCCACGUGGCUCACAGCUCCUCACUGGACGAUGUUGACACCAAGAUCCUGGAGGCCAAUUAUGGGGAAUGUUCCCUUCCCUUUGCAGCCCUAGUUCCACCAAUGAAGCGCUCCCCUCGCUCUCGUGGCUCUACCUCCACCGUGUGUCGUCAACGGCGUUCUGGACACGCCUCCUCUUCCUCUUCCUCAUCCUCCUACUCUGAACCUGAUAUCCUGAUCCCUAUCCACACCACGCUCCCCUGCUUCGAGGAAGAGGAGCAGAUCUUCAUCAACGCCCAGUGGAGGGAUUACAAGGUCAUUCACGGUGACACAGUAUUUUCAAUAGAUUCUCAGGUAAUUUAUUCUGACAGGACCCCUCCUGUAAGCAGAAGGUCCACAGAACCUUCCGGAACGGAAUCCCCCGUUUGUAAGAUAUCUAGAGAAGAACUGGAAGCUUCCUUGGAUGAAGCCACAUUGAAGACAUCAUCUAAAGACGAGCCGGACUCUUCUUCUGUGGACAACGCUGCUCCAAGGAAAAUGCAAAGAGUCAAAAGUGAGACUUCCAUGGACCUCCCCGCCGCCGACGCAGCAGCCAAAAAGGUAUUGGGUCGUUCGAUGGACAACGUCUCCAGGAAGUCAUUCAGAGAUGAGUGUCACGAGGUUCCGUUGGAGACUCACGUCUCAAAGAAGAGGUCUCUUCUAUCUACAGACAUGAUCAGUGUGUCUUUGGACACCGGCUCCAGGCAGAUGAUGAGAGAGAGCAGGGGAGAAGCCUCAUUCAACAACUCCAUGAGAGGAAGACCCAGAGAAGAAAUGGUGGCGGCCGUUGGAACCCCAACGAGAUCCCGAGAGGAGGUGGACUUCUUAGCCGACAGCGCUCAGAGGAGGAUGGCGAUGGCCAGAGACAAACUGACCCUUCAUCUGGACAGCAACUCUUCUCACAAGAUGCUCAGGAAGAAGAUGGAGUUCCCAGUGGAACCACCAUCUGCCGCCACGAGGAAGAUAUCGAUAGACGAACACCAUGAGAUGUGCUCUCACACUAGCAGACGAACAAACAGCGAUAAGGUUGACAGAUCCAUAGACACUCCCACUGGGAAGAUCUAUCCGGACAGGGUCGACAGUACCCCAGAAAUCCCCAAACGGAGGAUAUCCAGGGAGGAGUAUGCGGGGUCGUCCCAGUUGGGUCACGAUCCCCAGGUUUUGGAUUGGGGUCAGUUCGGACAACCUGAUCUCACCUUGUCCACACCAUGGAAACAAACCCAGACCCCUGACCCUUAUACCUCCGACCACCUGACCGAACUGGUUUAUGACGGUAUUCUGGAGAAGUCCUGUAUCACCCCAGCAACGACCCCUGACCUGCCCCAGAGGAUCACGGAAGGAAGAGAGCAAGAAGGGAAUCCUCCUGUUCCGCCCCCGAGGAGCAGCCGGUCCCUAAACACGUUGCCCCCGGAGAUGAGAGGCGAGAGGCACCAAAAGGACAAAGACAAAAGCACGAAGUCGUCCAAACUCAAGAGCCUUUUUAAGAAGAGGAAAGAUCAUACCCCAGAACUGCCACAAGGGGGCCUGAACAAUCUCUGACCGUUAACUGGAAUUUAAACACUUUUUAAUGUAAAUUCUUGAACCAGGAAGUUUCUUGAGGUUAUGAAACUCUGGAUAAGACCUCAGCUAGGAAAAGCUGAGAGGAAACAUAAACAUUAGUCUUAUAGAUUUGAUUUUUCUAAAAAAAAUGACACGGACUGUUUGGCUGGGAUUACAUGUUUGAAAGAAAAAAACAUGAGCAAUAGGAUUGCUAUUUUUUUUUCAAAGCCAACAAAGACUGAUUUUUGAAACCCAGAAAAAUAGUGUUCUAUAAUAUAUCGAUAACGCGCAGAUUGCCGGACAACAUGUUAUUUUGGCUAGUCGAUGGGCAGGUACCAAACUCUUGAGUUGACAUAGCAGUCUCUAAAACUGUUUCAACUCAUACUAGACGGAAUACUCUGAAAACAGGAACACAGUCGUUGCUAUAGUUUCGGGACUAUUUUGGUACUACAAAGCAGAAUCAAUUAACCAGCUAUCUUUUAAUUGACCAUAGUUAACCAUCUAACUUUGAUAAAUAACCAGAAAUAACUAUUGGUUUUCUGGUUCAUUUAAGAAAAGCUAAACUUAGAUAUGUGUGUCUUUGGUUGUUUAGUCAAUUAGACAAUGCCCAUUUCAAGCUUAAAGCUAUUUUCAUAACGUUUAGGCAAGUUAGCUAGCUAACUCAUUGAUCCUGCUUUCAUAGUAUUGUCCUCAGAGGGACAGAGAGGAUAAAGGGUGUAAGAUAACCCAUGGUGCCCAAAUGUUGUCUCUGCAAGGAAGUCUUAAUAAGUAGACCAACGAUGGGUGUCCCGUUAUAGCUUCGUAUGGAAGCAGUGUGACCCCAUACCAUGUUUGAUCGCCUGUUCAGCGUUGGGUGUUUUAGAGCUGAGAUAUUUAUUUCUUGACUAGGGAGCAUUUCUUUGGAGCUCUUCUCCUGUACGAUAGAAGCAACUGUAGUUUAUUUGGAUUGGGGGGAGUGCUGCUCAGUGGUUCCUUGACUUUUUUCUCAGUUCAGUCACAGUGCUGUUCAAUGGUUCCUAGACCUUUUUAAUCAUAUCAGUCACAGUGCUGUUCAAUGGUUCCUAGACCUUUUUAGUCAGAUCAGUCACAGUGCUGUUCGAUGGUUCCUAGACCUUUUUGGUCAGAUCAGUCACAGUGCUGUUCGAUGGUUCCUAGACCUUUUUGGUCAGAUCAGUCACAGUGCUUCUCAAUGGUUCCUAGACCUUUUUCUCAGUGCAGUCACAGUGCUGUUCAGUGGUUCCUUGACUCUUUUUCUCAGUUCAGUCACAGUGCUGUUCAGUGGUUCCUAGACCUUUUUCUCAGAUCAGUCACAGUGCUUCUCAAUGGUUCCUAGACCUUUUGGUCAGAUCAGUCACAGUGCUUCUCAAUGGUUCCUAGACCUUUUUCUCAGAUCAGUCACAGUGCUGUUCAGUGGUUCCUAGACCUUUUUCUCAGUGCAGUCACAGUGCUUUCAAUGGUUCCUAGACCUUUUUGGUCAGUUCAGUCACAGUGCUUCUCAAUGGUUCCUAGACCUUUUUCUCAGUGCAGUCACA